AUGACAAUGGAGAUUUUGAAGGCCUUAGCAUACAUCACAGUUGCAGCAACUAUUUUAGGUAGUUUUUUAGUUGAAGGGCAGACUCCUUACCCUUGCACAACCUCAAUGAUGAACAAUUUCACUCCAUGUUUCAAUGCCAUCACUGGAAGUAGCAGCAAUGGUUCUUCUCAACAAGAAAGUUGCUGCACCUCACUGCGGUCGCUCUCGGGAACAAGCAUGGACUGUGCCUGCCUUUUACUUACUGCUAACGUGCCCGUUCCUCUGCCCAUCAAUGCAGCCCUUGGUCUCAUCCUUCCAAGUUCUUGCAACAUCAGCAACCUGCCUGCUCAAUGCAAAGCGUCUGGUUCUCCUCUGCCAUCCCCAGGGCCUAUCUCACUUGGACCAACUGCACCAACUCCUACUGCAGCUACUUCUCCUGAACUAAGCCCACGAGUUUCCAAAGCAGUGGCAGUAGCUCCAGCACCACAGCAAUUGACGACUACAAAUACACCGGCGGAAUCAGUAGCUCCGGCAGCAACCCAUCGUCGGAUCCGACCUGUUUUAACUCCAUCCGCCUCUGUUCCAACUUGUUUCCACCCACCAUCGCUGUUGCUGAUAUCCACAGCCAUCAUGGUUUUCAAAUCCCAUUGAACAGCCUUUUGCUUUCAUUCCCUCCCUGCUUGUUCUUAAUACUCAUUUUGUUUC